AUGGAUUCAGAUACACAGUUCAACGCGUCUUCAAACAUGACAUGGACUCAUGACCAAGUGUCAGUGUCUCCUUGGAUUGAAGCCAUCAAAGUGAUGAGGAACAUUUGCAUACCUGUGAUAGUUGUUGUUGGUUUGCUGGGAAACACUCUUUCUUUAAUGGUGUUUUCUACAAAGAGUAUGCGGAAAACAUCAAGUUCCGUGUUUUUAGCAUCCCUUGCGUUUGUGGACAAUACAUUCCUAGUUUGCCUUCUUAUUACUUGGAUUGACGGGGAAAUUAAUUCCAUUCUUGUGACAGAUUUGGCUUGCCAAUUGCUCAUUUACACCACGUAUGUAGCCAGCUGUUUGAGUGUAUGGUUUAUAGUUUGCUUUACGUUUGAACGAUUCAUUGCAAUAUGUUUUCCAUUAAAGAGUACUUUAAUAUGCAGUUUGUUUCGAGAAAAAGGAACUGUGUUAAUCCUGGCAACAAUUACUUGCCUCAUGUACAAUUUUAGUUUUUGGACAACUGGUAUGGAGCAAUGGGGUCCAGUUAUGCGAUGCUCACACAAUCCGAAAUACAUUCAGUUUCUAAAUAUAGUAACAUGGAUUGAUACAGUGAUUACUAUGAUAAUACCAUUCCUACUUAUUGCAUUCAUGAACUCUAUGGUAUUACGGAGUGUCAUCAAGUGCCAGCCAAAGGAAAAACCAACCACAUCGAAACGACGAGAAAAUGGUUUUAUGAAAGUGACAUCUUUUGUAAAUAUGCUCGACAAGGGUAUUGUUUCAUCUCUCCGAAAACGGCCUGAAAUAAGGGUUAACACUACAAAAUCUCAACGGCGGAGUCCACAACAUAACGAAGCCAUGUUGCUACAACAAAUAUUCAAUAAUCCACUUGACUAA